AUGUUUUCAAGACGGCUUCAACUUCAAGAACGUUUAACAAAACAGAUAGCUGUCACUUUACAAGAAAUAUUAAAACCUCAAGGUGUAGCCGUUGUGAUGGAAGCUACUCAUCUAUGCAUGGUAAUGCGUGGAGUACAGAAACCUGGAAGUUCUACCACGACAAGUGUCAUGCUUGGUGUAUUUAGAGAUCAAGCAAAAACUAGAGAAGAAUUUUUAACAUUAAUUAACAGCUCAAAACAUUAA